AUGACCUUUGCAAUGGGCAGGUGGAAUGAGGACCCGUACCAGGCACGAGCUGGAAUGCAGGACAGACGUAUGGACCUUACACGAAGGAGAAAGCAGAAAAAGAAGCUGCACUUGGCUUGGUUCAGGACAACUGGGGCUGAACUGUGGAUGUCCUGCAAUAGAGCUGACUGGGGAACCCAGAUCUUGGGAAAUGUACUGAUCUUAGGCCAUAUGUUUUAUCUUUUGAAGACCAUCACACCAGACCUCACCUCCCAUAGUGCAGCUGGUGCCGAGCUGUGUAAAGCAGGUGAAGCCAGCCCACUGCCCAGGUGUGGAGGGGCCGCCAGCUCACCCUCCCAUUCAGCAACUGAACCUGACCGAAAGCCUCCUCGGUGCACAGUGCCCACACAGAACUGUAAGACCAAGUACUGGUCCCGAGCAACAGCAAGUUUUGCUUCUGCUCUGAAGGCUUUAGAAAAUUUGCGUGUAUAUCUGUGUGAAAAAAUCAUAGCUGAGAGACAUUUUGAUCAUCUGCGUGCAAAAAAAAUACUCAGUAGAGAAGACACGGAAGAAAUUUCUUGCCGAACAUCAAGUAGAAAAAGGGCUGGAAAAUUGUUAGACUACUUACAAGAAAACCCCAAAGGACUAGAUACCCUGGUUGAAUCUAUUCGGCGAGAAAAAACACAGAACUUCCUGAUUCAGAAGAUCACAGAUGAAGUACUGAAACUUAGAAAUAUAAAACUAGAGCAUCUGAAAGGACUGAAAUGUAGCAGCUGUGAACCUUUUCCAGGUGGAGCUACAACCAACCUUUGUAGAUCAAAUUCAGAUGAGAGUAGUUUCUCUGAAAAACUGAGAGCAUCCACUGUCAUAUACCAUCCAGAAGGAGAAUCCAGCACGGCUCCCUUUUUUUCUACUGGUUCUUCUCUGAAUUUGCCUGUUCUAGAAGUAGGCAGAACUGAAAAUCCCACCUUCUCUUCCACUACACUUCCCAGACCUGGGGACCCUGGGGCUCCUCCUUUGCCACCAGAGCUGCAGUUAGAAGAAGAAGGAAUUUGUGGAAACUCUAGUGAGAUGUUUCUUCCCUUAAGAUCACGUGCCAUUUCACAGCAAUGACAAUUUAUAGCUUUUUAAUCUUUUUUAAUAACAAAAAAUAUUUGAAAUAUGAAUCUUUUUAUAAAAUGCUAUAAUGAUUUAACAUUUGAUAUGCCUUUUAAAAUGCAAUAUAAGCAUACUUUGUAAAUAGAUGUUUUUAGAAUUAAAGAAGCAUACUUAUAGACAAAGUAAAUCAUAUUGAUAUACUUUUCAGUAUUUUCUUUUCAUUUUUGAGGUAUUUAGUGUUUUCACAAUUUUUGUUUUCAGACUGAUAGGGAACAUUUCUGUGUUUGAGAAUAGAGUUAUAGGCUGGGAAUGAUGUUUCUUUUCAGUGCAUUUUUGCUGGAAAUUUUCAGUCUUAAUUGUCCUUUCCACGACUCAGCAGUACAAUUUCAGGAUUAACCUGUUCUCUGUCUGGUAAUAAAGUCAGCCACUGAUGAGAAAACUACCAGUGCACCAAAAAGAAUCUUUCCCACCUAGUUGGGCUCACAGACACUUACAAAAUCCCCUUCAGGUGCAUAGGGACAUCUUAAUGGAGUUUGAGCCAUCUAAGAUGUCAGUUUGUCAAAAUACAUUUCUUAUUAACCUUACUAAUUAAUACAGCUGUCUUAAAAUGUUCCCAUUCUGUUCUAUCAGUUUCAUUCCUAAAAAAAAAAUCCUGGCAGAAAUCUGUUAUUACAUGAAAUUUGAUGAGAUCUUAAGAAAAUACAUUCUCUACUUUAUAUUCUCUUUUAAUGAGGACCACUGUCCUGGUUGAACUAACCAAAGUGUUUUUUUGUGAGUAUAUGUGACAGUUCUGUUUUCAGUACUGUUUGGAAAAAGCAGGCCAUUAGCUAGAUUUGUUUUUUUUUUUUGUUAUAUAACAAAGUUUGACUAAUCUUAUACAUUUAUAAACCUUAUGCUCUCAUUAUUUUCAUUUAAAUUAUAAUUCUUCUGUCUCCUGAUAUCUAUCUCAUAUAUUUCCAUUGAAAAAAGCAGAGUUGGAAAUAUGCUAACUAAUUAUAAAAGGUUUUAAAUUGUAGUGCUGUUUUGGAAUUUUCAAACUCUUUGAUGGGAAAUAAAUAUCUAAAACAUU